AUGGCGACAGUAGCUCUAUCUCGCAGUCUCCGUGCGUGCAUCCGACGAUCAACACCCCUGACAUUACGCACAUAUGCAACUGACGCGUCAAGCCUGCCCAAGUAUUCAGUAGUGGAUCAUCCUGUAAGUGCUGACGCGAUUAAACCAGAAGACUAUUUUGCUGUGGUCAAGCUUGCUGGUACACAGUAUAAGGUGACGCAGGGCGACGUCGUGAUUACUGAGAAGAUUAAAGACGCUAAGGUUGGAGAGAUCAUGGAUAUUGAUGAGGUAUUGCUGCUGGGAAACGUGAAUCAAACGAUUGUGGGAAGACCGCUUGUAGAAGGUGCUACAGUGCGUGCGCGUGUGGAAGAGCAGACGCUGGAUGCGAAAAUUGACGUGUUUAAGAAGAAACGCCGAAAGAAUUAUCGCCGUUGGAACGGGUUUCGUCGUAAAGUGACUGUACUGCGUGUGACGGAUAUUGUUCCUGUCAAUGCGUGA